GUGUGCUAUCACCAAUGGGUCACCGCAUAUUAACCUUCGGGCAGGCGCAUGUAUCCCUCAGAUACACCGUAAUUUUCUUUUCAUCCGUACUACCGCGUUUGAAGAGCGAGACCACGCCCUUCCUAGAUACGUUUUUAGAUCCAAUGGUCGUAUCUAACAGUACGCUAAGUGACUUCGAGGUGGUCACCCGUUUUGAGAUAUCGAUCUUUUGUAUCUCAUAGAUACACGCGACUGUUUAUUAUUAAUAUGGCAUACCGAAAGAAGAAAUACGAUCUAACUAAUGAAAAGGAUUGUGAGGAGCUGAGAAAUCUACUUCUUUUAGAAGAAAGUGAAGGAAGUGAUUAUGAAAGAGAUGAAAUAGAGCACGAGGAAAGCGAUACCGAUGCAUCUGUUUCUGCUGAAGAAAGAGGAGAAGAUUCGGAAACAGAUCAAAGUGAUGUCAGUGAGACUGAAGAAGAUGAAGAUGAAGGUGAUGAAUCACAUUUUGUUGCCGUUCAAAAGAAGAACAAAAAAAUCGUUAAUGAAUGGAAAUGGAAAAAAACUCCUAUGUCACAAAGAAAACGAGCUCCCCGUCAGAACAUUAUUAUUCAUUUACCCGGAGUAAUAGGUGAAGCCAGAAAACCUGGUGGAAUUUAUGAAACAUGGAAUUUAUUAAUAAAUGAUAAUAUACUGCAAAAAAUUACUCAAUAUACCAAUCAGUAUAUUGUAUUAAUUCAAACCAAAUUCGCCAGACUUAGAGAUGCUCAAAAGACAGAUAUUACUGAAAUUAAAGCAUUUAUUGGUUUAGUCUAUUUAGCUGGGGUCUAUCACGCAAAUCGGUUAAAUUUAAAAGAGCUAUGGUCGACUGAAGGGAUUGAAAGAUUUAGAAGGACAAUGAGUCUGAAACGAUUUCAUUUUAUAAUGCGUUCCAUAAGAUUUGAUGACAGGGAAACUAGAGAAGAAAGAAAGCAUGUUGACCGUUUAGCACCAAUAAGAGGUAUAUUUGAAGAAUUUGUAAAGAACUGCAAAAAAUCAUACUCUUUAAGCGAAAACAUCACGAUCGAUGAAAAAUUAGAGGCGUUUAGGGGACGAUGUCAGUUUCGUCAAUAUAUUCCGUCUAAGCCAUCAAAGUAUGGAAUUAAAAUAUUUGCGCUUGUAGAUUCGAAACUUUUUUACACGUAUAACAUGGAAAUAUACGCUGGACAACAGCCAGACGGACCUUAUAAACUAAGUAACAAACCAGUUGAUGUGGUCAAAAGACUUGUCGUUCCUAUCCAUAAUUCUGGACGUAACGUUACAAUUGACAACUGGUUCACCAGUUAUGAUUUAGUGGACUACCUUACACAGAAAAGGCUGUCUAUUGUUGGCACAUUAAAAAAAAACAAACCCCAAAUACCUUUCGAAUUCAAAAAAAUCAAAGAUCGUGCUGUUGCCUCUAGUAUUUUCGGUUUUCAGAAAGAUUGUACCUUAGUGUCCUACGUCCCAAAACAAAAUAAAAAUGUAAUUUUAUUAUCCAGUAUGCAUUUUGGCAACACAAUAGAUAAAAACACUGGUAAGAAACAAAAGCCAGAAAUCAUAACAUAUUAUAACGCAACGAAAGGUGGAGUAGACACUGUGGACAAAAUGUGCGCAAGCUAUAAUGUGGCGAGAAAUACAAAACGUUGGCCAAUGGUUACAUUUUAUUCAAUGUUAAACGUGUGUGGUAUUAACUCACAAAUAAUUUUCCUUGGUAAUAAUAAUAAAGUAAGUAGCAGAAGGUCAUAA